AUCUCAUUAUCAAAUCGUCAAUUCCUCAAUUCGUCAAAUUUUAGGGCUACUUUGAUUAUUUACUCCCAAAAUUGAGGGCUCGUGAUUCUUCAAUAAUUUGGGGCUUCCUCAAUAAUCUUAACAAUGCAAGAGGAGUCAGAAGAAGGUAGUUGCUCAAAUACAUCUACAACUACCAAUGUUGCUGAAAACUUACCGUCACUAAAGGGCCCAAGUGUGUGUUACACUCCCAGAGGAACAAAAGAGUUUAUACCGUGUUGUCCCCCUGAACUAAAGCCUACACUUGGUAUGCUUUUUGAUUCCUUACUUAAAGGUGUUGAUUUUUAUAAGCAAUAUGCUAGAUUUGGUGGGUUUGUGGUAAGACUAGGUACUGAAAAGAGAAUUAAAGAUAGUGAUAAAGUCUACUUGAAAUAUUUACAUUGUAAUAAACAAGGGUUUACGAAGGAUGGUGAAACUAAAGCAAAAGUUUCUAACAAAGAUAAAAAUCCUAAAGCUAGAAAAAGAACCAUAAAUCGUGUUGGAUGUAAUGCAAUGAUUGGGUUUAGAGAACGUUCAGAUGGAAAAUGGAUGGUUUAUGUCUUUCAUGAAUCUCAUAGCCACAAUCUUGCUUCUCCCAACACAAUGAAUUUUUUGGCAAAUGUUGGAAACCUUAAACUUGGCCAGAAAAAAUUCAUUUUUGACAACUCUAGAUUGAACAUUGGUCCAAACAAGUCUUAUAAGUUGAUGAAAGAACAUCUUGGUAGCUAUGAUAAUAUAGGUGCAACAUUGAAUGAUUUCAAGAACUUUAAUCGAGACUUGAAAGCUUACAUACAAGAGAAAGAUGCUUCGAUGUUUAUAAACAAUUUGAAAGAAAAAGCUGAAAACAGUGAAGGUGCCUUUUUCUUUGAGCAUUGUAUGGAUGAACAUCAACGCUUGACAAGAGUAUUUUGGGCAGAUGCAAUUAGUAGAAAAAAUUAUUCGUUGUUCUGUGAUAUGAUUACAUUUGAUACAACAUUUGACACCAACAAAUACUCUAUGGUUUUUGCCCCAUUUACGGGUGUUGAUCACCAUGGUAAGUGUGUGACUUUUGGGAUAGGCUUACUUGCAAAGGAGGAUAUUGAAUCCUUUGAAUGGUUAUUUGAAACUUUCUUAAAGGCAAUGAAUAACUGUCAGCCUACCUGUAUCAUGACAGAUCAAGACCCUGCGAUGAAAGUGGCAAUUGAAAAAGUUCUUGAUAAGGCAAAACAUAGGUUUUGUAUGUGGCACAUUAUGAAAAAAGUGCCACAAAAGGUAGGGCCCAAAUUAUGCUUAGAAACUGAUUUUCUUCAUAAACUAAACUCUGUUGUGUGGAAUAGAGACCUUGAACCAGAAGAAUUUGAAAUUGGUUGGCAGUCUGUGAUGUCUGAAUUUGAUUUAGUGAAUGAAGAUUGGUUCAAAAAUAUGUAUAAUAUAAGGAAUAUGUGGAUUCCUUCCUACUUUCGUGACCUAUUUAUGGGUGGGAUUUUAAGGUCAACUCAAAGAUCAGAGAGUGAAAAUAGCUUUUUCACUAAUUUCACCAAUCAACAUUUGUUAUUGGUUGAGUUGUGGUUUCGCUAUGAAUCUGCAAUCGAUGCUCAAAGGCACACACAAGACAAGUUGAAUGCUACUUCAAAAACUACACAUCCCCAACUUGUCACCCCCCUGUACUUGGAAAAGCAUGCUGCAUUUGCUUACACUCAUAAUGUAUUUUACAUAUUCCAAAAGGAAUUCAAGCAUGCUUUGUACAAUUGUGGUAUAAGUAAUGUUACCAUCAAAGAAGAAGAAGGGAUUGAGCAAUAUAGAAUUGUUGACAACACAAGGAAAAAAAAGCUAUCAUGUCACAUAUGUUUUGUGUUCUAA